GUUGUGUCCUCAAAAAGGCAUAGAGAUAUAGAGAGAAUCAUGGACAACCCUAAACUAAAACUUGUGACCUUUGCAAUGGCAACAUUACUCUUCACUGGGGUUAUCUUGCUGUACCAUUGGUCCUUCUCUUUCUCCAACCAACUAGUCCUAUUCCAAAAGGAAUCAUUCUGCAAGCAAUCAAAUUUUACCACUACCAAUAUCGAAGCAUAUGGAGAUGCCCUUGACGCUGCUUUGGCCAAAGCCUCAAUGAAAAACAAAACAGUGAUAAUUGCUGUAGUAAAUAAGGCAUAUGUAGAACAAGAUGUAGAGAGUGAUACAACUAUGUUUGACAUAUUUCUUGGUAAUUUUUGGCUUGGAGAGGGAACAAGGCCUCUCAUUGAUCACCUUCUCAUAGUGGCGGUUGAUCAAACAGCCUAUGAUCGGUGUCAGUUUCUGAAGUUAAAUUGCUUCAAAUUAGAAACAAAUGAUGUUGGUUUGGAAGGUGAAACAAUCUACAUGUCUCAAAAUUACAUCAAAAUGACGUGGACAAAGAUUCAAUUCGUCUUGGAAGUUCUCAAACGUGGCUACAACUUUGUUUUCACGGACACUGAUAUAAUGUGGUUAAGAAAUCCAUUUACAAGGCUGGGAAAGAAUGAGACAGAAGACUUCCAAAUCAGUACUGACAUUUAUCUUGGUGAUCCUUGGUCAGAAAAGCAUUUAAUCAAUACUGGAUUUUACUUUGUGAGGUCAAACAAUAAGACCAUAUCCCUAUUUGAAACAUGGUAUGGUCAAAAAGACAAUGUUACAAGAAAAAAUGAUCAAGAUGUCCUUAUUGACCUCAUUAAAAUUGGUAUAAUUAAAGACUUGGGACUCAAGGUUAGAUUUUUGGACACCCUUUAUUUUAGUGGCUUUUGUGAAGAUAAAAAAGACUUUAGUGCGGUCAUCACCAUUCAUGCCAACUGUUGUAGGAGUAUUAUUGCAAAAGUGAAAGAUAUGAAGGCAGCUCUCCGUGAUUGGAAACGAUUUAAGAAGUUGGAUGUUAAUUCCACUGUGAAUUUCCAAUGGACUGUGCAUGAUUGGUGUUGGCAAUCUUGGGGAAGACCUAGCAAAAUAAAAGGCUAAGAAUCAUAUCUUGUUGAGUGAUGAUACUCAAAAUUAUUUGACUAUUUUUCUAUGUUAU